ACCUGUGCUCUUGAGUCUUGACUCCAGAGCCUAGCUGUAGGGCCUUCUGAGUUCUCACUUCACAUUAGUCCUUCACUUCUCAUUUCUUAUUACAGCUUUAGCUCAUUGCCUCACUCACACAAAAAUGGUUUUCUUCUUCAUCCCCUAAAUAAAACUCUCUUUCUUUCUCUUUCUCUAUACCAACACUGCAACAAUGCUUUCUCUCCAAAACCCAUUUCCCACAACCCCCAAACCCUCCUUAAACCUCAACAGCUCCACCCCACUUUUCUCCACCACAUUCAAACCCCAUUUCCCAAACACCCUAAAACCCCCAAAACCCCACAAACCCCACUUCGCAACCAGAACCCAGUCGCUCCUCCAAUACAACAGGAAGCCCCAAUUGGCCGGAGAGACCCCGCGUGUCGUUGUCAUCACCUCCGGCAAAGGCGGCGUAGGCAAGACCACCACCACCGCCAAUGUCGGCCUCUCCCUCGCCCGCCUCGGCUUCUCCGUCGUCGCCAUAGACGCCGACGUUGGCCUCCGCAACCUCGACCUCCUCCUCGGCCUCGAAAACCGCGUCAACUACACCGUCGUCGAGGUCCUCAACGGCGAUUGCCGCCUCGACCAAGCUCUGGUCCGCGACAAGCGCUGGUCCAACUUCGAACUCCUCUGCAUUUCGAAACCCAGAUCCAAAUUGCCAAUUGGGUUCGGCGGGAAAGCCCUGGUUUGGCUCGUCGACGCGUUGAAAUCUCGCCAAGAGGGUUCCCCUGAUUUCAUCAUCAUCGAUUGUCCGGCUGGAAUCGAUGCCGGGUUCAUCACCGCCAUUACUCCGGCCAAUGAGGCCGUCCUCGUCACCACGCCGGACAUCACGAGCUUGCGAGAUGCAGAUAGAGUCACGGGGUUGUUGGAAUGUGAUGGAAUUAGAGACAUUAAGAUGAUUGUGAAUCGGGUUCGGACUGAUAUGAUCAAAGGCGAGGACAUGAUGUCUGUGCUUGAUGUGCAAGAAAUGUUGGGUUUGUCUUUGUUGGGUGUGAUUCCUGAGGACUCGGAAGUUAUAAGAAGUACCAAUAGAGGGUACCCUCUUGUGUUGAAUAAGCCACCCACAUUGGCCGGGUUGGCUUUCGAGCAAGCUGCUUGGCGGCUUGUUGAGCAGGAUAGUAUGAAGGCUGUGAUGAUGGAGGAGGAACCCAAAAAGCGCGGGUUCUUCUCGUUUUUCGGAGGAUGAGAAUUGAACUGAACAUCAUAACACCAUGCAUGGGAUUGUGUUGAAUUUUGGAGGAUGGGAAAGGGUGAAGCUGUGUACAGUUACAGUGGGGUCAGUAAAGUCUGUCACUCUCUUCAAGUCUUCAUUUUUGAUAAUUUAAUGUUUUGUUUGUUUGAUUGUUAGAUUUUUAGUAGUGUUAAUGUUAGGAGUGUGUGCUUUUAACUUUUAUAGUUAAGUUGUGCUCAAUUGCAUUCGAUGCUUUCGGUAGGGUAGUGACAACAUGUUGGUUCUUCAAGGAUUGAUUUUCUGUAUUUAGUCAAGACAAAAUCUCUAUUUGUUUUGUUAUCAUUGUGGAAUUGGAAGGUUCAAGCUUAAUUUUGGGAAAUCAUUGUUCUGUGAA